AUGGAUCUUAGAGGCAAAAGUGUGGAUGAAGAAGGAGGAAGCAAGUUGGGAGCUUCUAGCAGGGAUGAGAUUGACACCUCUCGACUGUUGCAAGGAAUAGCUUGUGAGGUUAGGGAAGAGAUUAGACGGGACUUUGGGGGACCAAGCUACCCACCAGUGCACGAGGGUCACACGAUUGAUCAAUUCACUUGUCUGAAACCCUCAUCUUUUGAGGGUGGUACUGACCCGAUCAAGGCUGAGAGGUGGAUACAAGAGAUGGAGAAGAUAAUGGUAGUGUUGAACUGCACUGAGGAACAAAAGGUUCUUUUCGCCACUUUCAAGCUGGCUAGAGAAGCUAAACAGUGGUGGCACACAGUGACACUAUUGGAAGAACAGCGAGUGGUACCUAUAGCGAUGACCUGGGGUCGUUUCAAGCAGGUCUUCUAUGACCGAUACUUUCUUGCCACCACUAGAAAUGUGAAGGCGGAAGAAUUUUUCAACCUAACUCAGGGGCGCCUCACUGUUCAGCAGUAUGCUGCUAGCUUCCUAAAACUAUCUUGCUUUGCACCUCCCAUGGUUCAAGAUUUCACAAAACUGGUAGAAAAAGCCAUUGUUGUAGAGUCAAGUCUGCAGAGAGGUACAGAGGCAUUAGAACGAAGGAAAAGGUCUGUGUCUCCCCACUCCCAAACAAAUGUCAGACAAGGGUCGUGGAGGGGAGAUAGAGAUGUUGUAGGUCAGGGACUGGAAAGAAAUGAUCGGGGACGAAGGGCCCGGGAAUGUCGAGAACCGCCGAACAACGCACCUGCUCCAAAUCAGAAUCAGAGGAACGACUCGAUACCUCGCCGUGGCGGUGCCCCGACACAUGUUUAUAUAUUGGGUACACCUGAGGAGGACAAUGCUAAAGGCGCAGCUAGUUUAUUAGAUGUGAGAAAUGGGUGA